UGCCUGCCCACCCCCCGCCUGAGCCCGCGUUGGAUAAGGAGAAGAGCAGGCCCAGAGGCGGAGAGGAUGCGGCCGGCGGCAGCUGUCCCAAGCAGUGCAAGGUGAUAGCUUCCCCUGGAGGAGGAGGCGCCUAGACCGUUGCCACAUUUCUUGUUUUCCUCCCCCCCCCCCAACCACCACCACCCCAACUCCCCCAUAAUUACAUUGGCUGCUGGAGCAGACCGGGAGAGACGGAGGAGGCGCCUCGCUUCCCCCCGCGCGCCCGCCACCCUUGCUCUUUCCAGUCCCGGGCCAGGAUGACUGGAGUUUUUGACAGUCUGGUGGCUGAUAUGCACUCGACCCAGAUCACGGCCUCCAGCACGUACCACCAGCACCAGCAGACCCCGAGCGGCGGCGGCGCGGGACCCGGAGGCAGCAACGGAAGCAGCAGCAGCAGUCUACAUAAGCCCCAGGAGUCACCCACACUCCCGGUGUCCACAGCUACCGAUAGCAGCUACUACACCAACCAGCAGCACCCGGCGGGGGGCGGCGGCGGCGGAUCGCCCUAUGCGCACAUGGGUUCCUACCAGUACCACGCCAGCGGUCUCAACAACGUCCCUUAUUCCGCCAAGAGUGGCUACGACUUGGGCUACACAGCCGCCUACACCUCUUACGCGCCCUACGGGACCAGUUCGUCUCCGACCAACAACGAGCCUGAGAAGGAGGAUCUUGAACCUGAAAUCCGGAUUGUGAACGGCAAGCCAAAGAAAGUCCGGAAACCCCGCACUAUCUACUCCAGUUUCCAGCUGGCGGCUCUUCAGCGGCGCUUCCAAAAAACUCAGUACCUGGCCCUGCCCGAGAGAGCUGAGCUGGCGGCGUCCUUGGGCCUCACCCAGACUCAGGUCAAAAUCUGGUUCCAGAACCGCCGGUCCAAGUUCAAGAAGAUGUGGAAAAGCGGCGAGAUCCCCUCGGAGCAGCACCCAGGAGCCAGCGCGUCGCCCCCCUGUGCUUCGCCGCCAGUCUCGGCGCCCGCCUCCUGGGACUUCGGCGCGCCUCAGCGGAUGGCGGGCGGCGGCGGCCCGAGCAGCGGCGGCAGCGGCGCAGGCAGCUCGGGGUCUAGCCCGAGCAGCGCGGCCUCGGCUUUCCUGGGCAACUAUCCGUGGUACCACCAGGCCUCCGGCUCCGCCUCACACCUGCAGGCCGCCGCGCCGUUGCUGCACCCGACGCAGACUCCGCAGCCUCAUCACCACCACCACCACCACCACCACCACCACGGCGGCGGCGGGGGCGCGCCAGUGAGCGCGGGGACGAUUUUCUAACCCCAGGGAGACUGCGCCAGAGACUGAGAGUUGUUCGUCCCCAAGAGCUAGGGGAUCCCUCCUACUAGCCGGCUGCCGCCACCCACUCCUCCCCAGGGUUGCAGCCCAGAAUGGCCCGCCUCAGGCCCUGCUCCCUCGAGCGGCCACCAGCGGCUGGAGAACUGUGAGGCGUCUCCUCCUCCUCUUCCUCCGUCUCCUCCUCCUUAGGCUCCUCUUGGCGAAACACGGCAAAACGCUGGAGCAGCGUGGCGGGGCCUUCCCCCACAGCCGAAUUUCCAACCUGAGCCCCAGGCCUCCGCCGCUUGGAGCCCGGCCUCAGACUUGCCUCCCUUCCCCUUCCCGCCGGGCUAGGCCGUCCGGCGCCUUCCUUGCCUGGGGCAGCGAGCGGAAUCCCGGAGAGGGACGCCUCCCCCUCCCGCGAGGCUUCCCGGGCAUUCAGAGGCUCUUUUUUCCUCGCCCGCCCUCAGGCUCAUCCCUAGUCGGCUUCGGUUAUUGACCUCCCGGGGUCCUGUCUGCCCACCUCCCCCUCCUGCCCCUUGACCCAGGCUGCCCCGUCGCUUUUUUUCUGCCCUGCUAUUUGCAUCCCUCAGAGCCUCCAGCCCUUCCCCCGCGUUAGCUCUCCGCAGGAACUCUCCCAUCGUGCUCUCUUCAUCUAUCACCAGUGGAGUUUUUUUAUUUUUAUUUUUUUAAAAGUUUAGGUGCCUUUGCGGAUGACCUCAUUUUGAUGUUGGGAAAAUGAUUUUUUAAUACGUGGACAUUGCAAAAAAAAAAUGUGUUUAAAUUAUCUUUUUUAAAACCUAUUCAGGACUAUUAGCCUGGACUUCGACACAGAGUUUGUAAAUAAGGGUGUCUGUACAGAUUUUCCCACUGAUUUAUUUGUAUAAAAAUACUCACCUUUUCAGACUUUUUGUAAACCCCCAGUUGUGAAAAGUGCGGCUUAGCAGUGACCUCAGAAACACCCUCGGUUUUAUUUUUCCCUUUGAAAAUUUUUCUCAGUUAAAUUAAGCUACUGAUUUGGAUUUGUUCUAUUUUAACCUAAGGUCUUUGUCUUGAAAGGUAUUUUGGGGUUAUUUAUUAUGAAAACAAC